CGCGAAUUGAAACAUAAUAUAGAAUUUGUAAAAAGUUUAGCACGUAAGAGGAAUGGGAAAUGUCUCUCAGAAAAUUAUAUUGACACUAAUCAACCAUUAUUGUGGAGUUGUAUAGAGAGUCAUAAAUGGAAUGCCAGCUUACAUAGUAUACAGCGUGAUGAAUUUGAUAUUCCCUAUUAUGAUCUUGGCUUUGCAAUCGAAGUGCAAGAAGAACAAUAUAAUAAAUAUAUUAAGUUUUUUCAUAAAGGAGACCCAAAUAUUUUUGCCAAACAACAAGAGAGAGAUCAACUCAAAAAGAAAUUAUGCAAAGAAAACA